CCAUCUUCGCCUGCACUCGACAAGUGAAGCAAUUCCCUACCAUUUCCCCGUUGACAUCCCUUCGGCGAUUAGCGCACAAGGCGCGGCGCAUCCGCGCAUCGAGAACCACCAAAAAUCGCAGACUACGAGCAGACUAAGCGGCCACCUUUAACCACACCGUCAACACUACCAUUACCGACGGCAUGGCGUCACCAGUUGAUGACACGAACCCGGCGCCCGCGGCCAACACCGGUGCCGAUCCACAGCCACCACUUUCGCCCACGUCGCCUACGUCCACUACCUCACCCACAUCCCCCACAUCCGCGGCCGAGGCGGCUGCUGCGCGCCUGCACCGGCCCAUGAUGCAGUCGCUGCCAGACACAAGACAGCAGUCCUUCGACGAGAUCUACGGACCACCCGAGAACUUCCUAGAGAUCGAGGUCCGCAACCCGCGCACGCACGGCAUCGGGCGGCACAUGUACACCGACUACGAGAUCGUGUGCCGGACCAACAUACCCGCCUUCAAGCUGCGGCAGUCGACGGUGCGGCGGCGCUACUCCGACUUUGAGUACUUCCGCGACAUACUCGAGCGCGAGAGCGCCCGCGUCACCAUCCCGCCGCUGCCGGGCAAGGUGUUCACCAACCGGUUUAGUGAUGAUGUGAUCGAGGGUCGGCGGGCCGGGUUGGAGAAGUUUCUCAAGAUUGUUGUCGGGCAUCCGCUGCUGCAGACGGGGAGCAAGGUGCUGGCGGCGUUUGUGCAGGACCCGAACUGGGACCGCAACGCCUGGUGACACUGCGCUGAUGGAUUGGGCUGGAUUCCACCACCGUCGCCGCCGCCGCCGCCACUGACCGCCCCUCGGCCGGCUCUGUCGAGGCUGAGGUUCUUUCUGGGCGAGAGGAAUGCCGAAAAUAGGGGAAAUAGCACGGGUUAUUCACGGCCGCAGCGGAAAUUGCGGAAACGGCCGCCGAAAGGAUGGCUUGA